UUAAUCCCCCCCGCCCCCUCGUCCACCCGGCCCCCGGCUUUGGUCCGGGCCAAGAUGGCGAAGCUGCUGAGCUGUGUGCUGGGGCCGCGGCUCUACCGGGUCUAUCGGGACCGGGGGCCGGCCAGGCCCUCCCGAGACGGGGAUGAGGCAGCCGAGGGGGCCCAGGAUGGUUCUUGGUUUCCCCCAUGCCCUGCCGGUCACCCGAACCCCCAGGGGCUCAAAGGGACCCCCAGGGUGCUCGAAAUGAUGUGGGGUCUCUCCCACCAGGAGUCGUACUACCAGCCGCGGACGCUGGAGAAACAUGCUGACAGCAUCCUGGCCUUGGCGUCAGUGCUCUGGUCUAUUUCCUAUUACACUUCCCCCCUGGCUAUGUUCUACUUGUACCGAAAAGGAUACCUGACCAUGUCGAAGGUGGUUCCUUUCUCGCACUACGCUGGGACCAUGCUGCUCCUUUUGGCCGGGGUCGCCUGCCUGAGAGGCAUCGGGCGCUGGACCAACCCCCAGUACAUCCAGUUCAUCACCAUCCUGGAAGAUAGCCACCGCCUCGGCACCCCAGAAAUCAAGGUGAAGGGGGUGGGGGGGGACCCCGACCUCUCCCUACGACCGGGGGGAAACAAUGCAGCCCUCCCCCCAAUGUCUCCCAUGAUCCUGACCAUAAAUUGGAUCUCCUGGAUGGUGGGGGGCAGAUCUCGUGGAUGUGGGGGGGAGGGAGGAUUCUCUUCCGAGGGAGGGGCAGGGGAACAGCGCCGUCCCCACCUACCGCCUCCCUCUGCCCCCCCCAGCUACAUCGUGGCGCACACGUUCGGGCGCAGGAUGCUGUAUCCCGGCUCCGUCUACCUGCUGCAGAAAGCCGUCAUGCCCAUGCUGCUGCAGGGCCAGGCCCGCCUGGUGGAGGAGUACAAUGGGAAACGAGCCAAGCUGUUAGCCUGCGACGGCAACGAGAUUGACACGAUGUUCGUGGACCGUCGGGAAAGCUCCGAGCCCCACGGCAAGAAACUGGUGAUCUGCUGCGAAGGCAACGCUGGAUUCUAUGAGGUCGGCUGCCUGCCCACCCCCCUGGAUGCCGGCUACUCGGUGCUCGGAUGGAACCACCCCGGCUUCGCUGGCAGCACGGGCGUCCCCCUGCCGCAGAACGAGGCCAACGCCAUGGACGUGGUGAUGCAAUACGCCAUCCACCGCCUGGGCUUCCCGCCCGAGGACAUUGUGCUGUACGCUUGGUCCAUCGGGGGCUUCACAGCCACGUGGGCGGCGAUGUCGUACCCGGACAUCAGCGCCCUGGUGCUGGAUGCCUCCUUCGACGACCUGGUACCCCUGGCGCUCAAGGUCAUGCCAGAGAGCUGCAGAGGGCUGGUCACCAGGACGGUGAGGCAAUACCUGAACUUGAACAACGGCGAGCAGCUUUGCAGAUACCAGGGGCCAGUGUUGCUGGUCAGAAGAACGAAGGAUGAAAUUAUCACCACCACGGUCCCAGAAGAUAUCAUGUCAAACAGGGGGAAUGACCUGCUGCUGAAACUCCUCCAGCACCGCCGGGGGCGGGGGGGUUGGUCUCUGCCUGACUUUUGACCUUUCGCCUUCCCCUCAGGGGAGGACAUGACGCCCGAGGGGCGACGGCAGCUGGCCCUGUUCCUGGCCCGGAAGCACCUGCGGAACUUCGAGGCAACACACUGCACCCCACUGCCCCCCCCAGCCUUCCGUUUGCCCUGGCACUUGUAGCCGGGGAGCCCCCCACCCCCGUCAUGCCCAUCGAUUGCACUGACACACACACACCCCGUUGGUCUGUUUUAUAUGGAGCCGGGUGCCCCCCUCCCUGCUGUGUGUGAGCCCCCCCGCCCGCCGCACGCUGUAAAUCCGCCCCCAGCCCCAAACCUGGGGGGCCCCCCGAGCUGGAGAAAUUAACAGUAAAGAAGGUAUUUUUUGUA